GGCACGUUCAGGGCUCCGGUCGGGUAGAGGCCUAGUGGGUGCCGUUCCGUUGCCUCUUUGGCGAUAGCCUUGGAUCUUUUCUAUUGCUAACAAGCUCGACAGUUGAUUGCUCCCUCUCGUACCCCGUAUUCACCCAAACAUCACUAUCAAGUCUAUCACCACCAGCUGGGGCGGGGAGUAUCUCGGCCACCCCAGUUUGCAAACAUGGAGCAAAUACACAACAGGGCUCUUGAAGCUAUCCAGCCAUUCAUUCAUAUUGCGACCUCCAACCAAUCACCUUCACCCCUCUUUUUGGCAACCCUCAUCACCAAUGCCACAUCCGCCCCGAGCACCUUCUUCUUCGCAGAGCUCUUGGAUACUCCCGCUAUACAAUCACUUAGGUCUCCUGAAACGCCCGAAAAAUAUCGAUCCUCCCUGACGCUGCUAGAGAUAUUUGCAUGGGGAACAUGGCAGGAAUACAAAUCAACUCCCAACCUACCCACUCUAAACACGGCACAAAUUCAGAAACUUCGUCUUCUUUCGCUCCUCACCCUCGCAGAGACACACAAUCCCCUCACUUACUCAAAAGUCAUGGAAUCCCUCUCCCUUUCCACGCCUGCCGAACUUGAAACCCUUGUUAGAGAAGCCAUCUAUUUAUCCCUGAUAUCCGCCCGUCUCUCCCCAACCACCUCCCCACCGAUCAUCAAAGUCAACUCCAUCGCCCCUCUUCGCGACGUUCGCCCUCAAACCGUAAACACAAUGAUAUCAAUCCUCACCGAAUGGCAGGGCCGUUGUCAAGAUGUCAUUGGCGGAAUUGAAGCUGAGAUCGCCAAGAUACGCGCCGAUGCGGAAAGAAGGCAUCUACAGGCCCAAAUCCAUGCCCACCGUGUUGAGCGCAGUCUCAGUGGCUGGGAGGGUGACGACGACGGGAGUGCUGGGGGCAAUGACGUCGGAGGUGCUGGCUCAAAACGCUCUUUUCGUCCGUCGAAAGACGGAUCCGGUAAAGGUGGACGCAAGUUUGGAUUUGGCGGCGGGAACAAACGCUUUAAUGCAGCAAGCGAUUUUGGGCAGCGGAACGGUCCUCCUGGUAGGGUGGGUUCGGAGAUGGAUGUUGAUGAGGGCAUCGAUGGCGAUGAUUCAGGGCCUUUAAUGAGGAAUGCGAAGAGAGCGUCGGGGGUCCAAGGUAGACCAUAGGAUAACUAAUGAGCUGCAUUGGCUAUACGCUGUGAUGAGAAGGCCUUUCUAACGCUUAAUCAAACACAGUUAUUAGAUCGAAACA